CCAGACUUGGAUGGCACAUUGCGUGUUAGCAUCCCAAUGGAGGUUCCUCUCCGUCCUCUGCUGGGUGGGAAGGUAGUGGUGCCAUGCUACUUCCAGGACAACACCGUUGACGACCCCGGUGCCGUAACUGUCGCCCCGCUCUCCCACCGCAUUAAAUGGACCUACGUCACCAAGGAGAAAGUCACCACAAUCCUGGUGGCAUCAGAGGGAAAAGUUAAUGUGGAAACAGAGUAUUUAGACAGAGUGACAAUGGUCAACUACCCACUUGUGCCCACUGAUGCCAGUCUGGAGAUUACAGAGCUGAGGUCCAAAGAUUCUGGCACCUACCGCUGCGAGGUGAUGCAUGGCAUUGAGGACAACUACGACUCCGUGGAUGUCCAAGUUCAGGGUAUUGUGUUCCACUACCGAGCCAUCUCCACCCGCUACACCUUGACAUUUGAGAAGGCCAAGGCAGCUUGUAUCCAGAACGGUGCCACCAUCGCAACUCCAGCCCAACUUCAGGCUGCCUACGAUGAUGGAUACCACCAGUGUGAUGCUGGAUGGCUGUCGGAUCAGACUGUCAGGUACCCCAUCCAUGAGCCACGUGAUCGUUGCUUUGGAGACAAGGAGAACUUCCCUGGCGUGAGAACCUAUGGAGUGAGAGAUGUCAACGAGACCUACGACGUGUACUGUUUUGCUGAGAAGAUGUCAGGCAGAGUUUUCUACUCUACGUCUGUAGAGAAGUUUACCUUCUACGAAGCAGGAGAUCAGUGUACAAAACUCGGUGCCCGGCUCGCCAGCACCGGAGAGCUUUACUUGGCCUGGAAGGCUGGCAUGGAUGUGUGUAAUGCUGGCUGGCUGGCAGACAGGAGUGUACGUUACCCCAUCAACAUCGCCAGGCCUCAAUGUGGAGGAGGGCUUCUAGGAGUGAGAACCGUCUACCUGUUCCCCAACCAGACAGGAUACCCUUACCCAGACUCUCGCUACGAUGCUAUCUGCUUCAGCGCUGGUGAGGAUGAGGGUGCUGUGCCUGGGAGGACCACCCCUUUCCCAGACAUCAUCCGCAUAACACCUGCCCCUGGGCUUUAUCCAAGCCUCACCCCCUCACCUGGAGGUGAGGAGAUCAAGCGUGGAGAAGUGGACACCCUCUCCCCAAUGCCCAUCCCACCCAGCGUGGUGGACACAUUCGUUAAAGUGACACCUGGACUGGAUCUCACAGAUACUGCCAUGGCUCCCACAGGUGUGGUGUUCCACUAUCGACCUAUUACAGGCCGGUACACACUGACCUUCCUGGAGGCUCACAAAGCCUGUCAGAGUAUCGGGGCAGUCAUCGCCAGCCCCCAGCAGCUGCAGGCGGCCUUUGAGAAAGGCCUGCACCAAUGUGACGCCGGCUGGCUCCGUGACCAGACUGUCAGGUAUCCCAUCGUGUCACCCAGAGAUAACUGUGCUGGUAAUCUACCACACAUUCCAGGAGUCAGAUCCUACGGCCUGAGACCUGCCAAUGAACUCUAUGAUGUAUUUUGUUAUGUAGAACGUCUGGAAGGUGAGGUCUUCUUCACCAGCGACUAUGACAGCUUCUCCUAUGAGGAGGCCGUGCAGCACUGCCAGAAACUCAACACCACCCUGGCCACCACCGGCCAGCUGUACGCAGCUUGGAACCAAGGAUUUGACAAAUGCCGCCCAGGCUGGCUGCUGGAUCGCAGUGUCCGCUAUCCCAUCACAACUGCCAGAGCCCACUGUGGAGGCGGCCAGGUGGGGGUCAACAUCAUCUAUGCCUACCCCAACCAAACAGGCUUCCCCGAUGAGCACUCGCGCUAUGAUGCCUACUGUUUCAAAGCUGAAGUCCCCGUCAUCCACACUGAAAAUGAAACCAGAAUCAACUUGACGGUGGUGGCGGUGGAUGUUAUCAACAAGACAACAGUCACAGUUGAUCUCUUUGCUCCCACUGUUGAAACCACUGUAGAUUACAAUGAAACUGAAACCAGCAUGAAUAUUACUGAAAUAGAGGAGUUUAUCAACCAGACAACCAUCACUACUCAGCAAGUUGCUCCUCCUGUGAGACCCGUUUUACCUCCAGUCCAUGUUGAUGUGUCAGGCUCUGGUUCAGCUGAUCAUUCAGCCAGCGGGGAAAUCUCAGGGGAGUCUAGCACCUCCGGCACCAGUGGUGACGCCUCUGGCUCUGGACGGGAUGUCAUCUUCAGCGGUCGCACUGACAUCUUCUCCGGAGACCAGUCUGCCUCUGGAGAUCCACAAGAGGCAGAAGGGGGAAGUGUUUUAACCUUCACAUCUGGAGAAUCGGGUAGUGCAUCUGGCUCUGGAUCUGGGUUUGACAGACAACACUCCGGCUUCGGUCAAUCAGGAUCAGGUUUUACCAGUGGUAGCGGUGGCAUUAGCGGUAGUGGUGGAGAGUCAUUGAUCACCAUAUUGGAUGGGAAGAUGGAAGAGGUGUUGACCGACCAAAAACUCACUGAGCAAGAGUUAGGCAGUGGAGACUUCUUGGUAUCGGGUAUGUCCGGAUCAGGAAGUAUGUCCGGAUCAGGAGGUAUGUCUGGAUCAGGAAGUAUGUCUGGAUCAGGAAGUAUGUCCGGGUCAGGCACCAGUGGAUUCUCUGGCAUCUCAUUUGUCGAUCACAGUGGCAUUGACCUUACAGUCCAGCCGUCUGGUGAGCAGGAGGUGUCCGGGUAUCGUCCCUCUGGAUCAGGGUACGCCAGUGGUUUUCCGAGUGUUUUUCCAUCCGGUGCUUCAGGCAGCGGCUCUGCCUCUGGAGACUCUUUCCAGCGUCGUGGUGAUGUCAUCUACUUAACAGAUGAUGCCGUGAUGGAGGUAACCAUGAAGCCACUGGAACACGGUCCUGAGCAGGGCCGGGGGGUAGUAGAGGUAAGCGGGGAUCAUAGUGGGUCAGGGUUCCACUAUGAAAUCAGUGGCUCUUUGGACCGAAGCUUGCAUCUCUCAGGCAGUGGAGCCCAUCAUGAACAACCGCCCACUGAGGAGCUUUCUAUAGCCCUGCCACCUGGAUCCACGAUGACUUAUCCAGAGUACGUUGCCAAUCUUCACCAAUCAGGACAUGAAGAGGAGGAACAGGAAAGCCGUGCAGGACCUACAGUUUAUGUUGUGACUCCGGAUGCAACCUACAGCAGCCCAACCACAGCACCAUCAGUGUCAUUAUCAACCCCUGCUGUUUUGGAGGAGCCUGAAGCAGUAGAAGACCCCUGUAAUCCAAAUCCCUGUGGUUCAGGAUCCUGCUCUGUGCAGGGAGAACUCGCUGUGUGUCAGUGUCCUAAUGGCUUCACUGGUGAAGACUGCUCAACACCUGUGCAGGGCUGUGCUGAGGGCUGGUUGGAGUUCAAGGGCAGCUGUUACCUCCACUUUUCGGAAAGACACACCUGGUCUGAGGCCGAGCAGCGCUGCCAGGAGCUCAACGCUCACCUGGUCAGCAUCAGCUCCCAGGAGGAGCAGCAGUUUGUCAACUCCAAUGGUCAGGACUACCAGUGGAUUGGACUCAAUGACAAAGAGGUUCAGAAUCAGUUCCGCUGGACAGACGGCACUCCUCUGACAUUUGAGAACUGGAGGCCCAACCAACCAGAUAACUACUUCGACUCUGGGGAGGAUUGUGUGGUGAUGAUCUGGCACGAGGGCGGUCAAUGGAACGACGUGCCCUGCAACUACCACCUUCCUUUCAUCUGCAAGACUGGACCUGUCAUGUGUGGAGCGCCCCCUGAGGUGGAGCACAGCCGGCCAAUGGGCGGCAGCAGAGAGCACUACCCUGUCAACUCUAUAGUCCGCUACCAGUGUGAUGCAGGCUACACACAGCGCCACCUGCCGGUCAUACGCUGUAUGGCAAAUGGACAGUGGGAGGAGCCACAAGUGGAAUGUACAGAAGCCGCUGCCAACAGCAACAGGCUACACAAAAGAUCCCUCAGGAGCAGAAGUAAAGGGGUGAGCAGCCAACAGGAACAGAAGAAGCCGCUCUGAGCAGGACUGAAAGGACAUACAACAGAGAGUCACUAAGGACCCCUCUUAUAAAGAAGCAUGAACACCAAUGCCAAUGCCCGACAAAAAGAUAACAUUCCCGCCCGUGUAUAUACAAACACUAAAGCACAUUUAGACAGUGAUGGUCUCUAAUUGACUAAUGUUUUGGACCUUUCAGUGUCACUUUGCAACUUUUGAAGACAGUUUUUCAGAAUAUGUAUUUAUAGCAUCUAAUUUAUAGCUGUGAUCCAGUAUUUGGAAAAUUAUUAUCUUAAUGCACAAGUUUAAAUUUAAAUCAGUUGCCAGCACUGCACGUAAAGUAAGAAAACAGAAGAUCACCCAGUGAUUUAAGAGGCUUUAGAGUGACAAAGUGCAAAACAGCCCAAUAAAAGUGUUUUUCGAUUGCAGCUGGAUUCUCUGAAGUCAAACACAUUGUUACAUAGAUUGUUGCUAGGCUUUUUUUUCUAGAUCUGUGUUUCUUAGUGUUUUUUAUUUGGUCUUAGACUCUAAGGACUAAGUGUGUGUGCUUCAGACUGGUGAAACCAACUGUUUCUUACAUGGUAUGCCAAGACAGUGAUUCUCAAGCUUUUUGGUUGUGACCCCCCCCCCCCCACCGCCAUCGCCAUCAGAAGAGGCUUACAAAAAUUUUGUUUUGCCUUAAAAAAAAUCCCAAAUCUGAGUAAAACAAAAACAUACAUUUGCACAGUAGAAAUGUCUUUUUAAUGUCACAAACCGUCUCUAAAGUGCCACCAAAAUGAUCUCGUCACAACCUCAAACUGGAGAACCACUGUGCUGCGACACCACCACAGUAUCAGAUAUACUGAAAUGAUUGUGCUCUUCCAUUUGAUGAUGAAUAGAAAUCCAAGUUUAAGAUGUGAUUAAAGUCACUGCAACAGACCUGGA